AUGCAAGUGGCCCAGCAUGAAGGGCCCUCUGUCCUUGCAGAGCAGCCCGUUGUGGCAGAUGUCUCCCGAGACUUGUCGCUCAAGGGUCCUGUUCCCAAAAAUGUCGCCUUCGAGCUACUACUGGACGAGAACUCCAAGGUUAGAGCUCGGAUUCCUAUGCGCGUUCAAAUAUACCCUCAUGAUACUACGGAUUCGAUUGUGACCACUGUGAAAAAUUUCUACGGCAUCUACGAUGGCACUGCCAGUGGGGUCAGCUUCGAAGAUGAGUACGGGACAACCCUGAUCGCAAGGUACGAGAACCUUAAAAACAACAUGACUGUAUAUGUGCGAGUCAUUCCUAUUCAACCCUAUGCGGAUCACUUGUAUGACGGUGGGUUUUCCGCUGAGCGCAAGCGGCCCAGCCUGGGCGAGCCUUUUGGAAUGGAUGGUACGGCUCCAACAAUGGACCAACCAUCCCGCCCAUCUUCUCGCCUUGCGAGGAAGCGCAGCACAUCUCCUUCUGGUCGGAGUCUUCGGAGUUCUUCUCAACACAAACAGGGUGCUCGAAGCGGCAACAAAAGCCGUGGGUCUAGCAUUCACGGUGGCUAUCCCGACGAUGAGCUCAUGAGCGACAGCGAGGACAGCUUCAGUCGCCGCUCUCGAGGCGACGUAUUUGCCAGCUCGGAAAUUAGCAUGGAGAACAUACUUCAAGAUGGUCGUCGGAAACGGCCCAAGUUUGACAGUUCGGAACUUCCUCUCUUCGUUCCUCCUCAAGUCCCUCUUACCACUUCAACCUCCUCUAUCUCCCCCCAGCGGCGAUCCGUUGGUCAAGAGGGCGCUGGCUCACCUUUUGCUCGUCCUACUCACCGUCCUUAUAACUACCAAAAUGCGCUCCCAUCCCCACAAAGCUAUGGCCACAGUGAAUACGGUACUCACUCGGGACGGCAUACUGCCUAUGCGACACCCAUAGUACCUGACAAUGCGCAUCGUGUACCAUUUAGCAAUUCUGCUCCGCGAGUGAACGGUUCGGGUAUCUUGCCUACACCGGAUCCAACUAUCGCUAGCUGUAUUUCAGAUGAAGAUGUCGCAAUGCAGCUGAUCCGUCUUGGAGAUGCCUCCAACUUCUCUCACGGGCGCACUUCUGCCUCGACGCUGGAUGAUGCCUUCAGUGGUGCCGCCGAUGCCGCUUCGUCAACAGGCGCUACUAGCGAUGGUGAAGACUUCAGCGAAGAGGAGGACGACCUUCCUGUUCGUCGCCAGCGACUUGAGUCCAGCCCGAUGCUUCCUCCAGGCGCCGUGAAGCGCCAUCAUAAGCGUCUCGAUGACAUCCUGCCCAGUGCUGACAGCAGUGAGCACAGCUCGGAUGGUCUUGAGAACGACAUUAAAAGUGAGGCAGAGGAUGAUGCCUUGUACAAAGAGUCCGCUCCGAAGUCAAAGAAGUCCAAGAGUCGUCCUACAUCUGUCAAACCUCGCAGCCAGAAGCCUGUCUCUAAGCCAAAGAGCAAAAACGGCGCUCCUCGUCCUUCAGACAAGACUGCCGGACCACUUCCUCCUCUGAGCCCCAACUCAAAUCGCAAGGUUUCCGGGUCUUCAGUCAACUUCCAACACCAGCUUGGUGCGGAUGAAGAAGACCUCUCUACCAAACCUCGCUGCCAACGUUGCCGAAAGAGCAAAAAGGGCUGUGACCGUCAACGACCAUGUGGCCGCUGCAAGGAUGCUGGCAUUGGCAUCGAGGGCUGCGUCAGUGAAGACGAGGGCAACGGCCGCAAGGGUCGUUAUGGACGCCACAUGGGAGUUCCUGUCAAGAAGGGCGACUCUAUAGAAGAUCUACUCGAUUAUCCUGCCAUGCCAGAGACCGCUCUAUCAACUGCAGCAAUGGUCGACAAAAACAAGAAGCGAAAGCGCUAA